AUGCCUGGAUUUGUUAUCCACGACGUGAUCCAAAGGGGUGAAACACCGCCGCCAGUAUCUAGUUCACUGCCGAAUUCACCACCUAAUACUGUUGAAAAGCUCCGAAAAUGCAGUACAAAGGUGUUCAAGCAUAUCCACAAUGAUACUUCUCUAUCUCCGAAGAUCAAAGAUGGUUUGAUUCGAAUUCUAGAGGGUGGUUUAACGCUUGCAGAGGUCGGCGCGCAAUUUGCCGCGGAUAAUGUACGGAUUUUACGCCGCAAAAAGCAAGCUGGGACCCAAAAGACGAAGCGUAGGCUUUCCAAUUUAGGCCCUAAGCUAGUUAAGGACUGCAAAAAGCAUAUUGCUGACCGCGUGGAUCGAGAGAGGCUACAGCAAUUCAAGCGUGAUAAAAAGUCUUGGCGUUUGGCCGCAAUUCAAAAAGCUAUUGAAGACGGCGAUACCGAGGCCACCGGGCAAAAUGAGGCUGAAAUUGAGGCUGGAAUGGAUGAAGAAUUAGGUCUUGAAUGGAUAGAUGGCCUUUUUUGUAUUGAUACUCAGGGUGAUCCUCUAUUUAAAUAG